AUGGCAAGUUGGCGGGACGGCGGGAUGGCGGGAGAGCGCGGCGGCGCGAUAGCGCGAUGGCGGGAGGAGAGGAGGUAUUUUCUCAUCAUCAUCAUCACUAGUUUGAUUGUCAUUGCCGGCCAGUAUCUGAGCCAAAGAGCCAUCUCCCAAACAUCGGGGAAAUCGAUUGUGAUGCCUUCACCCGCGCUCGAUUGGAAUUCCACUCCUCAGAAGCAUUUCAUUGGAAUUUUCACGGAUGCCAAAUCGUAUGCCCGUCGAGCGCUGAUACGUAUGGGCUACUUGCAUAUCUAUCCCAAGCCCUGGGUGAACCUCGAACUCUACUUUGUUAUAUGCGAAAAGCCGACGAGUCCGAUGAUGAGCAAACUCUUGAAGCUGGAGCAGUUUACACAUCGCGACCUCCUGCUCCUCGACUGCACCGAAAACAUGGACGAGGGCAAGACCCAUACGUACUUCUCCUACAUGGGUUCCGGGAAAGGCCCCCAAGGAUUCAACUAUGCAACUGUGAUGAAGCUCGACACCGAUGCAAUUAUACAUUUGCCUAGAUACAUCGAACGUAUCGAGGGUCUCCCAAAAAAGUCCAUUUAUUAUGGGCUCCCCCAGAUUGGAUUCGAGGAUUAUGUCUACAUGGGCGGAUAUGCCUACACUCUGUCGAUGGAUUUGUGCAUCUGGAUUGCACAGAGCGAGUUCGCCGCCAACAAUACCAUAGGAUUCGAAGACCGCAAGCUUGCAACUUGGCUGCUCCAUUACAACGCGACCUCAAACCCGGGCGAGCUCAACAUGGUUGGAGAAAGCGAAAGUCGAAUGUGGACUGAAUUCCCCGAUCCACUCGUCAAUGUUCCGCCCGACAUUAUUGUUCUUCAUCGGGCCAAGUCGGAUGAAAAAUUCAUCACUGGUAGCUUCUUGAUGCUCGGACAAGUACUCAACCCAGGUUUAGCUGACGACCUGCUGUAG